ACGAAUUCAAUUGUUUCUGCUUUUUCACUUUAUGUCAAUUUUAUUUUUUUUCUAGACAAUAAAAUGCAAAAUUCAUUUGAAAAUAAUAACACUGUAAAAGAAGAUGCGGAACAGCGGAAAAAUGGCAGCACUAAAGUCCUUUCAAGGACUACAAUCGCAAAUCUUGGUAAAACUCGGACUAGUACAUCGAUAAAAGUUGAUCAUUCAAAGGAUAAAGAAUUAAUUAAUAGUGGAUUUCAAAGAUUAGUGUCAAAUGUUGCGUUAAAAAAAAUUGUUAACAAGCCGUCAAAAGUGCUUACAAUUAAGAAGAAAGAAAGCAAAAUGUUGUCGUCAUCUGUUCCGACUACAAUUCCAGAUCGAGAAUUAAACUCCCAUAUUGUAUUGACUAAACAAAUGUCUGUUGAUAAAUACACAAUGACUGAUUUUGAAGAAAAAGGACAAAGAGUAGAUUUAGACUCGUCGGUUUUUAGCGAGCAACCUUACAGGGAUCUGCAGUGGACAGAUCCAAGACUUUUAAAAAAAUAUUCCUUGUACAAACAACCCUACAAAAAGUCCCUCACGAUUCCUAUUGUAAAUAAAUCGGAAUAUGGUUCAGAUGUAAUAGAAAACUCGGACGACGACGCUGAACUUUUUUAUUCGAAACAUGAACAUUUUUUAUUUAAAUGUCUUUAUUAUUUUAGUAAAACUUCUGUUUCAUUCGUCGGAGUCAUGUGUGGUUUAACAUUGCUUACUAAGCACCUAAACACGCCUUGUUUUUUCAGAGAAAUCUCGUACAUCUUAUAAGAACUGUAGUAAAUGUGGUCCAAACUCUCUUUGGAAAAUUUGUGCGAGUGUUAACCAUGACGACAAGUGAAGCAUUUGCGA